AUGAAGCCGCCAGCCGCCCUGGGCAUCUGCGGACUCCUUUCCCUCUGCACUCACCUUGCGGCUGCCUCCUUAGAGGAAGAAAAGACGCCAGGCUAUUGGAACACCAAAGCCCGGCAGACGCUGGAAUCGGCGCUCAACCUGACGCCCAUGAACCACCGAGCAAAGAACAUAAUUUUAUUCCUGGGCGAUGGCAUGGGGGUGCCCACCCUCUCGGCAGCCCGCAUCUACAAGGGCCAGCAGGCAGGAGGCCCCGGGGAGGAGAGCCUGCUGGCGAUGGAGACCUUUCCCUACGUCGCCCUGUCCAAGACGUACAACGUCGACCAGCAGGUGCCCGACAGCGCGGGCACCGGCACUGCCUACCUGUGUGGCGUGAAGUCCAACGCCAAGACCCUGGGCGUGAGCGCCGCCGCGGUCUACGGCCAGUGCAACAGCACCCUCGGCAACGAGGUGCACUCCGUCCUCCAUCGGGCAAAGCUGGCAGGCAGGUCGGUGGGGAUCGUGACCACCACCCGGGUGCAGCACGCCUCGCCGGGUGCCGCCUAUGCACACUCUGUCAGCCGGGACUGGUACAGCGACGCGGACCUGCCGAAAGAGGCCGCUCAGCAAGGCUGCAGAGACAUCGCCUACCAGCUGGUGCACAACACGGACAUCGACGUGAUUCUAGGAGGCGGGCGCAUUUACAUGACUCCUCGGUCGACCCCUGACCCGGAGUAUCCGAACGAUUCCAAGCAGAACGGGGAAAGGAAGGACGGCCUGAACCUCAUCGAAAAGUGGCUGCAGGGCAAGAAGGACGCCCGGUAUGUCUGGAAUAAAGCCGGCUUGGAUGCCGUGGACGAGAACUCCACCAGCCACCUCCUGGGCCUCUUCGAGCCGAAGGACAUGCCGUACGAGCUGAACCGGGACCCCUCCACGGACCCCUCCAUCGUGGAGAUGACGGAGAAGGCCAUCCGGAUCCUCCGCAAGAACCCCAACGGCUUCUUCCUCUUUGUGGAAGGGGGUAGGAUUGACCAUGGGCACCACAACUGCAGGGCGAGGCAGGCCUUGACCGAGGCUGUGAUGCUGGACCGGGCGGUGGAAGAGGCUGGGCGCCUGACCAGCGCCUCGGAGACGCUCACGGUGGUCACCGCCGACCACUCGCACGUCUUCACCUUUGGGGGCAGCGCCGGCCGCGGGAACAGCAUCAUAGGCCUGGCACGCAAGAAGGCGUCGGACCAGCGCUCCUACACCAGCAUCCUGUACGGGAAUGGGCCCGGCUACGCCCUCGCGAACGGAGCCCGCCCGGACGCCGCCUCUGCGGACUUCACCAACAAGGACUACCAGCAGCAAGCAGCCGUGCCCCUGAGCUCGGAGACCCACAGCGGCGAGGACGUGGCCAUCCUGGCCCGGGGGCCCAUGGCGCACCUGUUCCACGGCAUCCGCGAGCAGAACUACAUUGCCCAUGUCAUGGCCUACGCGGGCUGCAUCGAGCCGUACCACAACCACGCGGACUGUGCCACGGCGAGGGCCGGGUCAGGCGGCCAGAGCCUCUCUCAGCUCACCCCCCUCACGCUGUGGAUGUGCCUCCUCUGGCUGCAGGUGUGA